CGCCACUUCCGCUCGCUCACCACUGAGCAAAAUGGACGCCUUUGUGUCUGUUUUCUUCGCAUUCCCACUAUAAAUACGGUUUACGGGGCGACGCAGCGCCUACGACGCGGCGAUGCUCGUGCGGCGCCGCGCGAUACGCGUGUGAGGGCAGUGUCGUGCACGCGAAUCGUGAUCGCGGCCCGCCGCGGCCGACGUGGAAACGCAUCCAACCAAGUAGGCCAAAUCGCGGUGGCUCGCGGAUGACAAUUGAGCGAGCAUCCCCCGGACGGCGGUGUUAUUCGCGGUGAACCUCGGGACGGCUAGCCGCUACGCCGGAAUCGCUGCGACGUGCCUGAGGAUCCGCCGGCGGCCGCGAGCGACGCGGAGCCGCGAUACGGCGUCCGGCCUCCCGCCAAAACCAGCCAAGAGCAAGCGGACGGAGUGGACGGCGACGUAAAUAGUCCCGGAUAAGCGGAGCGGAGCACGGAGCUGUCGCGCUGCGCUGUCGCAGCCGCGUCCGCGUCUCGCUCCCUCGCGUUGUGUCCCGCACCACGCAACGGCGCUUUUCCGCGCGAGUUAUUCGCUCGAAUCUUCUUACCUGUCCAUCAGAGUUCAACGUUCAUCGUCCGCAGGAGGAUCUCGCGUUUCUCCCCUCCCUCUCCUACCUCUACCCCUCCCCUUACCUUCUGUGUUGUUAUACCUGCUCGCGUGGUCGCUCCGAGGAUAUGGUAUCGCACGACGUUAGAUGGUAGACGUUCAACUAAAGAAGAAGAACAGAGUGCUGAUAAACAUGGAUCGUUUAUUGGAGGACCCACGAGCUUCAUCAAAAUUUGGUUGAAAAUUUCAUUUGCAACAUGGGAACUUAAAAGAGACUUUGUUGAGUUCCCAAUAUAUGCUUUAGUGCUAGUGUUCUUCAAAGAGGAUUAGAGACUACUCUAUUCAACGGUGAAAUAUUUGUGCUGUAAUGCCAGAACGAAUCAAACUCAAAAUGAAUGGGGUUGUACCAAGUGUGCCAAUAACUACCCUCGCUGGUAUUGCGAGUCUCACUGACUUGUUACCUGAAAUGCCCCUACCGACUCCGCUGCCACAGACUUUGACUAAUAAAUCGCUGCUGUUUCAUCCACGAGUAGCCGAGGAGGCGCAGAUAUUGCUAAGUGUUCGCGAUGAGAAUCUCGUGCCGCAGUUGAUAAUGUCAUUAUCGCAGACUUCAUCGGAUCACAUUGAACUUAAGGAUAAUUAUCCAAAUACCGAACAGUCGUUAGAAAAUGAGCAAAACACACCUGAGUUGCUUAAGGCGAUCUUGCAGAUAAAUCCUCACGUGUUCAGGGGACCUCAACACAACUCUCCAAGAAACUGGACGCAAGGUACGCCUAUGUUACACGCGAAUCAAUCACCGGCAAGUUAUGGUCGUUUUUCGCCGUCUUAUUCGAGCUCCUCAGGCUCCAGGCAAACGCCUCAAGGUAGUCCGGCUCAUCCCACGGCAGCCAGGUCCGUACUUCCACCACCAGUGGCCAGCGGCAUCGCUCACGCGCAACACCCGCGGAUGCCGAUUACCCCGCAGAAUCAUGCAGACAUCUCGCAGAUGUCUCCAUUUGCUGUGCCUUCUCCGUCGCCCAGAAGCAACGUUAUGACCGAGCAAACGAGAACGUUGACAACGCCUCAACAUAUGCAAGAGGAUGCGAAUUGUAUAAAUCCGUUAUCAAAUGUAGCCCUUCAACCGAACAUGUACUCGCCGGCUCAUAUGAGUUCUCCCAAUGCACCGCUGGCAUCUCUCACCAAUAUAACACCGCAGCAUAACAUGGCUGGUAUGACACCGCAACACAAUAUGCACGUAACAUCUCCCAUGCGUAACGUGCCUCUGCAGCAACAUCCGGUCAUGGGAAUGCAGCAGCCUCUUUAUGAUCCCAUGAUGAAUCAGCAAGUCCAUCACGCAUUAGGUAGCGGUCAAGCAUUGGACAUUAACAAUGCAGUGCAAGAGAAUCAACAGUUUCUUCUUGAUCCUGUAGCCGGUCUUCCUGAUAUUGAUCUGUCAAUGGAGAACAUUGAUGCCAAGCAAGGCGUUGAUCAUGCGAUACAACAUUUAUUGCCGACUUCUCAGACCACAUCCUAUCCGAAUAUACAUGCUGCCGACAUGGUUAACGUUUUAGAUCCAGCUGCGGCAAGUAUGGCGCCCAAUGUACAACAUCAACAAAACAACAAUUCGGAUAAGACUAUGAAGCUUUCCGGGACGGAAAAGCUAAAGGAGCCCAUUGUUAUGUUAAGUAGAUUAUCGUUGGCUGAUCAGACGCUUAUGCAAAAGAGCCUGGCAGCAUUUGCGGAAAAAUCGCCGAAUCGCGCAGCAAAAAUGGGCAUUUCUAAUCGUGACGACGCGUCAAAAACUGAUUCCGAAAGCGACGAGGAAAUUGGUAAAAAUAACAAGUACUUUAAAGCUCGCGCGAAAGAACGGCAGGUGCAACGAGAAAAGGAGAAAGCGGAGCGACGGAAAAGUGAAGAUAAAGGUCGCAGGCGAAAAAGGAUAACGGACGACGAUGAAGAGGAUGAUAAACGGGACACAUCGUAUACGCCCACGAAACCAAAAAUACGGAAGAUCGAGAAGAAGCUAGUGCCUGUAUUAGCCAAACUGAGUGUGGAGGAAUUAAUGGAGACCAAUACGUAUCAACGAUUUAACUCUACUAUAGAGACGAUUUUCGAAAAUACCGAAGAUAUUACGGCGAACGCCGAUUUAGAAGACGAUGGCGAUGUGCCUCCAGAGAUGCUUAUUCCCAAGUAUCAAUUACACGAUCUUUGUACGGAAGCGGCCAAACUCAAAACGUUAGGCGCCAUGGAAUCGAUACCUACGGAUAAACUGGUGAGAUUACUAAAUAUCCUGGAAAAGAACAUACGGGACGGUGCUAGAGUGUCUCCGCUCGUGGAUCCGGAUGAUGACGUCGAAGAAGGACGAUUAUGGAUGCAAUUGGCGAUGGAACGGGUGCAGCGUGCCGUGGAUGCAUCGUUGAUCGCGCUGCACAUCAUGACUUCUAGCAAUAUGCCGAAGACAGUUUAUUUAGAAGACGUAAUUGAUCGAAUAGUGAUUUUUAUGAAAUUUCAGUUGCAGAAUACGAUCUAUCCCUCCUUUGACCCCGUAUACAAGAUAGAUACGAAGAACAAGACUGACAAUUUUAAUUCUAGCGGACGAAAGAAGAGAGGACAUAUGAAAGAAGUACGCGAAAAGAGCAUUCUGCAAGUUUACAACAAGAUGCACGAGUUGGUAGGUCUGUUAGCUGAGCUAUUGAACAUACAGGUUCUAACAGACACGAGUGUUCUACAUGCAUCAUCGUUAGGUGUUGCGCCGUUUUUCGUCGAAUCGGUAAGCGACCUUCAAUUGAGUGCAUUGAAACUCGUCACUGUAAUAUUCACAAAAUAUGAGAAGCAUAGAAGAUUAUUAUUAGAUGAUAUCCUGGCGUCAAUUGCUAGAUUACCCAGCAGCAAAAGGAGUCUACGUACGUAUAGGCUCAACUCUGAAGAUUACAUUCAAAUGUUGACCGCAUUGGUCUUGCAACUUAUUCAAUGCGUAGUGGUUCUGUCAGACUCCAAAUCGAAAGAGGAUGAAGAGAAAAAGCCCAGUCAUGUAGAUGCUGACGUUUUUAUUAUUAAUAGAUAUGAGACCGCUACCAGAAUUGCUGGCAAUUUUUUAACGGUAUUCCUUAACAAAUGUGGUAGCAAGGGGGAAGAGAUCGAUUAUAGACCGUUAUUCGAAAAUUUUGUGCAAGAUUUAUUGGCAACAGUAAACAAACCCGAGUGGCCUGCUGCUGAGUUGCUAUUGAGUCUUCUUGGAAAUCUGUUGGUGGGACAUUUUUCUAAUAAAAGCUCUGAUAUGUCGCUUCGAGUAGCCUCCAUCGAUUAUCUUGGUGUGGUAGCAGCUAGAUUGCGUAAAGACGCGGUCAGUUCGCAAUGUAAAUUGUCGACCAUUGACCAAAUUAUACGGGAUAUUAAACUUGAGCAGCAGAAGGAUUCGGAUUAUGAUCAGAUAAAGGACAAAGAGAUCAUAGGACUGAGUGAGGAUGAAGAAAGAACCGUGUUUCUGCAGAAGGUACUUUUGGAUUAUCUGGCUGUCAACGGCACGAAGGAUCCGGCUCUUGGAUAUGCGCGUCAUUUUUAUUUAGCCCAAUGGUAUCGAGAUUGCGCGUUGGAGAAGUCCCGGGUAGGUCAAUCGAAAAAUAGUCCGAGCAAGAAGAUACACAAGAAACGAGCGAAGAAGAAAAAUCGGCAUCACAGCAGCGACCAAGACACUGAAUCUGAAUUGGACGAACAAGACCCAGAUGAGAACGACAAUAACGAACAGAAGAAUUCAGAGGCUUAUCGAAUUAUCGAAGAGAAGAAAAAGUACAUUGUCAGCAGAAUAAGGCCAUGCAGCACAGGAACGAAACCGGACAUUCUUCAAACGUAUAUCGAUUACAAUUCUGCGGAAUUGAUCUCGCAAUAUCUUGCGUCCAAGAGACCAUUUUCGCAAAGUUUUGAUAGAUAUCUAAAACAAAUUCUUCAUGUAUUGACAGAAUCGUCAAUUGCCAUUAGAACCAAGGCAAUGAAAUGUCUUACAAUGAUUGUCGAGGCGGAUCCGAGCGUAUUGGCGAGAGCAGAUAUGCAGCUAGGCGUGAAACAUUCAUUCCUCGAUCACUCAACAUCUGUGCGGGAGGCAGCGGUUGACUUGGUAGGAAAAUUCGUAUUGAGCAGACCCGAACUGAUCGAUAAAUACUAUGACAUGUUGUCGGCAAGAAUUCUGGAUACUGGUGUGAGCGUGCGAAAACGAGUUAUCAAAAUUCUUAAGGAUAUUUGCAUGGAGUGUCCAGAUUUUCCCAAGAUUCCAGAGAUAUGCGUGAAGAUGAUAAGGAGAGUGAAUGAUGAAGAGGGCAUUCGAAAACUCGUCAUGGAAGUUUUCCAAAACAUGUGGUUCACUCCGGUACGAGAGCGUCCCUCUCUUGACUCAGAAUCGCUGUUGAGAAAAGUAAUGAAUAUUACAGAUGUUGUAGCGGCUAGCAAAGACAUGGGACUCGAGUGGUUUGAGCAGCUUUUAGUAAGUUUGUUCAAGCCGAAAGAGGACAAGGAUGACAGCACAAAGAUGCAAACAGAGCCGCCGCGAGCUUUAUUAACAGCGUGUAAGCAGAUUGUGGAUUGCCUGAUCGAGAACGUGCUACGGCUAGAAGAGACGAAUCUAGAUUCGGAGAAAUCAGAGAAGAAAGGUUCGUCGCAAAGAUUGGUUGCGUGUCUGACGACGCUCUAUCUGUUUGCUAAAAUUCGCCCGCGGCUGCUCGUGAAUCAUGCGAUCACUUUACAGCCUUAUCUGAGUUUGAAAUGUCAGACACAGGGCGAUUAUCAAAUCAUUAGCAGCGUCGCACAUACGCUCGAAUUGGUGGUGCCUCUGAUGGAACAUCCCAGUGAAACUUUUUUAGCACAGCUGGAAGAAGAUUCGGUAAAACUGAUUUUACAGCACGACAGAUCGGUGGUAGCGAGUUGUUUGUCAUGUUUAGGCUCCGUAGUUAAUAAUGUCACACGAAAUUAUAAACUGAUACGAGACUGUUUCAAGAAAUAUUAUGGACAUUUGACCGAGUACAAAUCAUUUUACGAAAAGGAUCCAACGAAUCCUACGCUAAUAAAAUAUAGGCCAUUUUUCCGGCGAGCGCUCUUCACAGUCGGCUUACUGCUGCGUCAUUUUAAUUUUAUGGAUCCAGAGGUGAUAGAGGGCCUAGCGGACAACAUCAAGGAUCAGGUUUUCGAAACACUUAGUUAUUUUGUUCAUUUGGAUAAUGACGAUAUCCGACAUUUUACAUUGUCGGCUAUCGGUUCUCUCUGCAUACGACAUUACGAGUUCAUGAUGUUACCGGAAUUAAAAGAACUUUAUCAUCAUUUACUCACAUCUGAGUACGCAUUAGUGCACAUGAGGAUUCAGGUGCUCAAUAAUAUUGAAGUAUAUUUGCAGGAAGAAGAAAAGAGGAUGAUUAAACAGGAUUUGGAGUGGGCAAAGUUAUCAAAGCAAGAGAAUUUGAAGGAAAUGGGUGACGUGUCGUCGGGCAUGGCGAGCACCGUUAUCCAACUCUACAUUAAAGAAAUUCUUGAAUCUUUCCUGCAUGUCAACAUAAGCGUGCGACAUGCGGCUCUUAAAGUCAUUCAGUUGAUCUUGGCGCAGGGUUUGGUACAUCCCGUCCAGAUAGUGCCCUAUCUAAUCUGCAUGAGCACCGACUGUGAAAAGGCCGUGAGCCAUAGCGCGGAUAAACAGUUACAAGAUAUCGAAAAGAAGUAUCCGGGCUUCAUUCACAUGAAAUCGCAAUUUGGCAUCAAGUUGAGCUAUCGAUUGCAGAAGAUCUUGCAGAACGACAUUACGGUGAGAGGUAUGCGAACGAAGGAAGGCGAGUUCCCGGGCGCGCUCAACGGUUUCCUCUACACGAUCUUGCGCAAUACAAAACAGCAGAGGCGGGCAAUUGUAUUAUCCUUUCUCAAACACUUUGACGAGACUGCCAAGACUAGCCUGUCACAGAUGCUAUACCUGGCGGACAAUCUCGCCUACUUUACAUAUCAAGUACAGGAUGAGCCACUCUUUAUCAUCCAUCACAUCGACAUUAUUAUUUCCAUGUCCGGUACGAAUCUAGUGCAGUCUUUCAAAGAAGCUCUGCUGCCUAAAGAGGGCGGUACGCAAUCGCAAUCACAAUCGGGGCAAUCUGUCCAAUCUAGGCAUUUAUCAGAACAACCAACGGGACAAGCGACAAUGGGACAACCGACGGUGACGGGACCGGACGGUCAACCAAAAUCUGAUCAGUUGUUAUCAGCUUUAGAAGAUGAAGAAGACGAUGAAGAGGAUGAGGAAGCUCUUCUGGCCAGGUUACCAGGCGAUACCACCUUGCUCAGGGAGUACAUUACCGCCAGUCAAGGCUUUCUGCUCUUAUUAACGCUUCGGCAACAUCUCAAGGAUCUCUAUGGGUUUUCCGACGCGAAAAUUGGUCAAUAUUCACCCUCGGAAGCGGCUAAGGUCUAUGAGAAAGCGGUAAAUCGCAAGAGCAAUUUGCUUUUUGAGCCCAAAGCCACGUUGCAGAGGUUGCGAGAAGGCGUGACCAAUAUCAACGAAGAGCUGGAUGCGAACGGUAGGAAGAAGCUCGUGAAAGAAUAUCUAGACUUUAAACAACUGAUGCUCAAAUUUGACCCUGAGGAACCGGACGAUGAUGGUGGUGGCAACGAGGCCGCUGAUACCAGCGGCGCUGGCAAACAUAGCGCGGAAAAUCCGCAAGCGGCAAGGAUACCGACAUUGCAUCCCGAGACUGACGGCGGUAGAAUAGCGGAUAACGGUGCUGUUGCGGGAGAUGCCGCCGUUCUGGCUGUCGCAGCUAGUCAGCAACAGUACCAGUUACCGCCGCAAUCGAAUCUGACUGCUUCGAUGGAGCAUCCAAACAAUUCUGUCAACUCGCUACCGGCUAUGGCAGUGACAGCAGUAGCAGCAGCAGCAGCAGCAGCAGCAGCGGCGGCGGCAACGGCAACCCCAACGGCAACGGCAACGCCAACCCCAACAGUCGUCGCAGGGCCACUGGCGACGAUGCCGCGAGUGCCGAAGCUGACGAUACAGACCCAUCCAGAUGCGAGAGAGCACCGGAAGCACCGCGCGCACAAGACGGACAAAUCUGUGAGAAAGCACAAGAAGAAGAAGAGGAGAAGAAUCUCCGACAGCAGCGACAGUGGGGAGGAUUAUAGUGACCCUGAUUUCCUAGUGUGAGUGCAGUGGUAUAUCUCGUCCUGCGUGUACAUAUAUAAAUGUUCGUAGUGGCGUGCGCGGUGAUCGGUCGGCUGCGAUAACUUAUUCCGUGGUAGCCAAAACUUGAACGCUAUAUACGGCGCAGUCGUCCCUUUCCUUCCGUUACUCGGAACAAUUUUUUCUUCCCCUCAGAUUCUUGAAGUUGUGCUACGACUUUGAAGAUCGGUUUUUUAAGGUACUGUCCGAGACUGCACAGAGAGACUAUAAUUGCAAUGUGAGAGAAAGACAGAUUUUCAAUAGGAAUGAUAGAGAUUUUCAAGUGCGAUCGAACACUGAGAUAGGAUUAGCGUUUGUUGGCCGAAAACGGCAGGCAUCUGUGAGGUUUAUCGAUCCGCCAUGCCAUGUUGUUAGCGAGAUCGGCUCGUUAAAUAUUUCGUGCGACCGACCCUAGAGUAUGGUUCGUUUAAAUUAACUCUCUUAUUUUUUUCCUUCAUUAAAGUAGGCCUUCAGUAUGAUCACAAUGUAGUAAAAGCGAAAGCUUCUAGUGAUUCCUUGAUUUCAUUAGAAUGAUGCAAAAAGCAAGAAAUUUUAUGAAUCCGAAAAAGAUACUACGAAUCAAAUUCUUCGCAGAAAAUCAAGUACAAUAAAUUACAUUUGAACAAGGUUCAUCUGUAAAUAAUGUUACACAAUAACAAUAUUUAAUUUCUUUUUAUGGAUGAAUUAACGUGAAGAGGAACAGAAAUUACAGAAACUACAUGUAAUUUGAAUAAUAUUAAUUUAAUUUAUCAUUGCUUCCUCUUCUUUCCUUUUAAGACUGGAUUUAAGUAAACUGCUUAUUUCGAUAAUGCUAACUUAAAUUUUAGAUACAUUCAGCGGGGAUUUAUAAACAGAUAUCUAAAAUUUUCUGUGUUUGUUUGAUGAAAAAUAAAUGAUCUGCAAAAAAUUUUCCCUUGAAUACUAAUAUAAAACUCAUAGUAUUAAAUGCGUAAAUUAAUUCGAUAUCAUUGAAGUUUUUUAUUGUCUGAAAUCGCAGUCUUUCGCAUUAGGAUCCAACAGUCGAAAAAGAUUAAACAGACUAAAA